UUGGCGGUAAAGGUUCACUCGGUGGGAGAGAGAGUGGGAGGCCGUUGGCCUCUCUCCAACUAGAAUUAGGGCAUUAACAGCACGAACUCCUUCCUUCUCCCCAAAACUCGUCAUUCCGAUUUUCUCUUAAUCUCUCUCUCUCUCUCUCUCUAUCUUUUACAUUCUUUCUAUUUCUCUGUAUCUGAGAAAUAGUAAGGAGUAAGGAUGUUUUCAAUGGCGAUUUUUUAAUCCUAAGAUUGGGACCGGUUGUGAUUUUGCUCUGGAGGAUCUGAGGAAAGCCUGGGUCUUUAAGGGAAUCGUUCUAGGGUUUUGUUUGUAUUGAUUGGGAGGAAGGCGGGAUGCAAAGAGGAUUGAUCGGGAUGGAGAGUUGUAUGGAACACUGAUUAUUGCAAGGAAGGGGUUUCUGUUUAGGGCUUUUGCGUGGUUGAUGAUGGAGAGUGAGGAAGUAGUAUCAGAGGAUCGUGUGAGGAAGAGGAUAAAGAUGGGGAUUGGAGAUGAGGGUGUUGAUAGAACCGAGGGGUUAGAUAGUAGAGGGAGGGUUGAGACGACGGCGAAGGCUUUGGUGGGAAGAUAUGUGAUGAAGGAGUUUGCAGCGAAUGGGGUUUUCCUGGGGAAGCUUGUUUCUUGUGGUAGUGGAUUGUACAGAGUUGAUUAUGAAAAUGGAGAUUUUGAGGACAUGGAGUGUACGGAACUACGCGACUUUCUUCUUGCGGAGGGUGAUUUCGAUGAGGAGCUUAUUGCCAGGAAGGUGAAGUUAGACAAGUUGAUCUCUACAUGCGAUUCAAAGACACCACACGAGAAAAUACAGCACCAGACAGUAGUAUCUGCAAAUAGCUUUGAGAGGUCUGAAGCACCUUGUGUCAGUAGGUUGAGUACUGAACUUGAAUCUUGUUUCCAGAAGGGUCCUGAAUCAGGUGGGGUUCAAGUUGAUGGUGAUGCCGACUCUUCUACUGAUUCCUGUGAAUACAUUCGAAUACAGGAAUCCUUGUUAGAGGCUGAGAGUCCUCUUCUUCCGCCACCACCACCAUUGCCUCCUUCCUCGGGCAAUAUAGGUGUGCCGCAGGAAUUUGUUUCUCAACUGUUUUCUGUGUACAAUUUCCUGCGUUCGUUUAGUAUACAACUAUUUUUAAGCCCAUUUGGACUGGACGAUUUUGUGGGUUCUCUUAAUUGUGCUGCCCCCAACACUUUGUUGGAUGCCAUUCAUGUUGCCCUCAUGCGUGCACUGAAACGGCAUCUUCAGAUGCUUUCCUCUGAUGGCGCAGAACUUGCAUCAAAAUGCCUGAGACGUCUUGAUUGGAGCUUGCUUGACACAUUGACAUGGCCAGUUUACCUGGUUGAGUUUCUUCUGGUGAUGGGGUACACAAAUGGGCCGGACUGGAAGGGAUUUUGUACUGAUGUUUUAAACAAGGAAUACUACAUCUUGUCUGCAUCUAGGAAGCUGAUGAUCCUGCAGAUCUUGUGUGAUGAUAUCAUCGAAUCAGCAGAACUAAGAACUGAAAUUGAUAUGAGAGAAAAAGUGGAAGUGGGGACAGAUUCUGACAGGAAUGCAAGGAUGUCCGCUGAAAAUUGUCCAAGAAGAGUUCAUCCCAGAUAUUCUAAGACCUCAGCUUGCAAAGACUCAGAAGCUAUGGAGAUAGUAUCUGACAAAUCUCAUGACUCAAAGUCACCAUGUCAAUCAAGUUCUUUACUUAAAGUUCCUGGAGUGGAUAUGAAUGUUGUUGAUGUUGAUCCAGAUGAGAAUAGUGAUGAAUGUCGCCUUUGUGGCAUGGAUGGGACCUUGAUUUGCUGUGAUGGUUGCCCUUCAGCUUACCAUUCAAGAUGCAUUGGUCUGAGCAAAAUACAUUUACCCGAAGGGUCAUGGUUUUGUCCAGAAUGUGCAAUUAAUAAAAUAGGACCAAAUUUCAGAAUAGGAACAGGGUUAAAGCAAGCGGAAUUUUUUGGUAUUGAUCCAUAUGAGCAGGUUUUUUUGGGUACUUGCAAUCACUUACUUGUGCUCAAGGUCUCAAUCCACGAAGGACCAUCUUGCAGAUACUACAACCAGAAUGAUGUUCCAAAGGUCUUGCAGGUACUUUGUUCAUCUGUUGAGCAUACUGUGAUGUACUCAGCCAUAUGUAAGGGCAUUUUAAAAUAUUGGGGAUUCCCAGAAGACACUAAAUUUUCUUUUCCUGAAAGAAGGGAAAAUACCAUAGAUGAAAGGGAAGAUGCAAUGGUUUCUGCUCUGUCUUAUAAUCUUUCUGGAAAGGACAAUGCAAGUGGUGUAACUGAAAGCAACAUGGAGGACAAAACACUAUUGGGUCGGGAGAAUGAUUGGCAAGAACUUUGCUAUGUCUCUUUGGAUAAAAUUAGCCAUGUAGAACUUCCUAGUCUCAGCAAAGGUAACGGUGCUACAACUGAACAGGUUUCUGAAGUCAUAAACACAAAACUCCAUGAUCAGUUUGGGGCUGAUUCUCUGAUGUCUGCUGGGUCAAUCUGCCUGCAGGCCGACCCUUCUGACUUGCCAUAUCAAAUCUCAGCUGAUAAGUCAAUUAUGUUAAAGUUUCCUACAUGUACCUCAGAAAACAUGCAGGGUUCUAAAAAGGAAGAUGCAGAUGUUAUAAGUCUUCCAGCAAUAAAUGGUCCUUUUAGCAUGUCUUAUGAAAGCAAAGAAGUUAAACAUAGUGGCAAUGGGAGAAGUAAAGCAGUAGUGGUUGAUGACUGCUCUUAUAUGGGGUACACUUUUAAACCUCAGGCUUAUGUGAAUCUGUAUAUCCUUGGUGAUGUUGCAGCAUCUGCGGCUGCAAAUCUGGCUGUUCUUUCAUCUGAUGAAAAUAAUAUUUCUGGUUCACAAUCUUCAAUUAAUCCCAGAAAACUCGUGUCUGCAAAUGUAUCAUUGCAGAUAAAAGCAUUUUCUUCAGCAGUCUUUCAUUUUUUCUGGCCAAAUUCUGAAAAGAAACUUAUGGAGAUCCCAAGGGAAAGAUGUGGUUGGUGUCUUUCAUGCAAGGCUCCCAUUACAAGCAAGAAAGGAUGUUUAUUAAAUUUAACUGCCUCAAAUGCUAUAAAAGGACCUAUGAAGAUUCUUGGUGGUCUUCGUUCCCUAAAGAGUGCAGAGGGAAAUAUCCAUUGUAUUGCAACAUAUAUUUUAUGCAUGGAACAGAGCUUGCGUGGCCUUACAAUUGGUCCUUUUCUAACCUCAAGUUAUAGAAAGCAAUGGCGUAAACAAGUUGAACAAGCAUCAACUUGCACUGCAUUAAAGUCUCUUUUGCUUGAACUUGAGGAGAAUAUCCGUCCACUUGCUUUUACUGGGGGCUGGGUUAAGCUGGUUGAUGAUUGGUCAGUUGAGUUUUCUGUGUCUCAAAGUGCAAGUCACCAUGUUGGACCAACUCAGAAGCGUGGACCAGGUGGGAGGCGGAGCAGGAAACAAUCCAUGACAUCCGAGAUAACAAGUUAUACCUGCCAAGACAAUCUGAGGGAUGUCAACUGGUGGCGAGGAGGGAAGCUCUCAAAGUUCAUAUUUCAGAAAGGGAUUUUACCAUGCUCGGUAGUUAAAAAAGCAGCUAGGCAAGGUGGAUCUAGGAAGAUUUCUGGUAUUUAUUAUGCUGAAGGUUUUGAUAUUCCUAAAAGAAGUAGGCGUUUUGCUUGGAGAGCUGCAGUAGAAAUGAGUAACAAUGCAUCACAGCUUGCACUUCAGGUCAGAUACCUUGACCUACAUAUACGGUGGAGUGAUCUACUUCGUCCUGAGCAGAAGCUUCAAGAUGGAAAAGGGCCAGAGACUGAAAUUUCUGCUUUCAGAAAUGCAGUCAUUUGUGAUAAGAAAAUUCAGCAUACUAAGAUCAGAUAUGGAGUAGUUUUUGCUAACCAGAAGCAUCUCCCAUCUCGUGUUUUGAAGAACAUUCUAGAAUCAGAGCAGAUCCAAGAUGGAGAGGACAAGUUUUGGUUUUGUGAAACUCACAUCCCUUUAUAUCUAAUUAAAGAAUAUGAAGGGACGGCUGAGAAGGUGUCUGUGCCAUCAGCUAAGGGCUCACAUUUAUUAUCCAACUUACAAAGAAUACAGUUAAAAGCUUCUCGAAAGGAUAUAUUCUCAUAUCUUUUGUGCAAGGUAGAGAAGCUAGACAAAUGUGCUUGUGCCUCGUGCCAACAAGAUGUCUUACUCGGGAAUGCAGUGAAGUGCAGUUCAUGUCAAGGGUUUUGUCACAAGGAAUGUACCAUAACUUCAAAAGUUCAUAUGAAUGAUACUCUGGAGUUUUUGAUCACUUGCAACCAGUGUUACUGUGCCAAAAUUGUCACAGUGAAUGAGAUAAGUAAAAAGUCUCCAAUCAGUCAAGUGCCAUUUCAAGAGCAAAAAAGGCAGAAUGUAGAAGCAGUGGUUGGUAAAGGUUCGUUUCAAAAUGGGCAUCUUCAAUCACUAUUCUCUGGAAAUAUGGGGAUCCCUCAAGAAACGAAGCCACCUACACUUAAGUCUAAUUUGGAAACCAGAGGUCGGCGUGUGACAGGUCCUUCCUAUGGUCUUAUAUGGAGGAAAAACAAUGAGGAGACUGGCGAAGAUUUCAGGCUCCGCAACAUUCUUUUUAAAGGGAAUGCAGAUACAGACUUGUCAAUAAGACCCAUUUGUCAUCUCUGCCGCAAACCAUAUGAUCAUGAUCUAAUGUAUAUCUGCUGUGAAACUUGCAGAAGGUGGUAUCAUGCUGAUGCUCUUCAGCUGGAGGAAUCCAAAAUUUUGGAGGUAGUGGGAUUUCGUUGCUGCAGGUGCCGUAGAAACCGCUUGCCGAUAUGCCCCUAUAUGGAUCCAGAAUGUAGGAGGAAACGAUGUGUGAGGGCUUCAAAGCGAUCUAGUACAGGAACAGACUCCAUCUCCAGAACCAUCUGCACACAACUUGAAGGACAGGAAAUUAGUACACCAGACACAAAGAUGGAAGAUGCUGUCAUAGAAGAUGAUGAUUCCCUUGUUUUCUCUCUUGAAAGGGUUGUACCAAUCACUGAACCUGCAUCAGAAAUUGGAGAUGAAUCAUAUACUACUGGGUCACAGAAACUCCCAGUCAAAAGGCACAUAAAAAAUGAAAUAAAUUCAGAUGUUUCCGACCUAAAUUCAGUUCCAUCACAAGUGGUAUCCACACUUGAAACUAACAAUCUUUUGAGUGCUACAGAGAGAGCAUCAUCUCCUCAAGUGGGAUGGAAGUUUCCCACUGAUGGUGUUAAAGAUGAGAUCAUUGACAUGAUUGACUAUGAAAGCUUGAACUAUGAGGACAUGGAGUUUGAAUCAACAUACUUCACUUUGGCAUCAGAAGAUAACGGAUUGGAUCCAUUUGAUGCAUCCAUGGACAUUUCAGGGAAUUGGGGCAAUUCCUCUUUUAGUGGUGCAAUUGCAUCCUACAAUCCACCUGAACAGUAUGGAAUUGAUACUGCAGAAGGUAAUCAAGAUUUUACUAAAUCUUCAGAACCCAUUGUUAGCAGAAUGCUUUGUAAGAUAUGUUCAAGCACAGAACCAGCUCCCGACCUUUCCUGUGAGAUUUGUGGGAUCUGGAUACACUGCCAUUGUUCACCAUGGGAUGAGAGUUCUUCUGGGGCAGACAGAUGGAGGUGUGGUUACUGUCGGGAUUGGCGAUAGUUGGGCUGUUUGUUUGGCCCUGCAGUUUUUGGCUUUCUAUUCUCUUCUUGCAGAGAGGUUUGCCACUGGAGAGCUUAAAUUGGCCAUAACUAACCUUUCUGCAAUAGCAAGCCAGGGUCUUUGGAACUCUGCCAGUGAGGGUGCUCAGAAACAACAAUGAAAGAUAAUUCGUCCUUGUUUGGAAGGAGCAGAAUUUUGGAGCAAUUCCCUCACAAAAAAGCUUUACAAAAGUGACAGAUGGAUAAUGAUUAGUUCCAGAGGCCCCUUAAUUUAUUUAUUUUUGAAUAAAUCAGGGUUCAGGCACUUGGGGACAUGCCAAGAUGAUGGUUCCUGCUGCUUGAGAAUAACCUAGUUUCCUUCGUGGGCACUUGGGGUUUUACUAACUAGUCUAGUUAGUUUGAUAGGUAAACUCGUGGACUUCCCUACUAAAAUUUGAUAAUUAAUGGCCUGAAUCAGUUCUAGGGGCAUUGGGGUCAUCUUUCACUUCUAUGGUCUUGACUCCAAUAUUAAAAGAUAAGCAGAUUUUUGCUGGUGCUUAUCAUGUAUGAGAUGUGUACAUCAAUCCUAUGUUCCUGUUAGAGUGGGAGAUGGAAGAUUCUUGAAUCGAACAAGAUUCUUUUUUGCAAGAUGGAUUUUUGCAAAAUAUA